UCGAAUAAAAAUGUGCACCAAUUCUUUAAAUUUAAUUUGGACGAGAACAAAUCAAUUUGUAAUGUUUGUGGUAUUAAAUUGUCCGGUAAUCAUUCCACAAAUUUAAGACGGCACUUAACAACUAAGCAUAUGGACAUUUUCAAUGAGUGGAAUAAUUCUGGAUAUACAAAGUUAACACAAUGCGAAGAAAAACGAAGAAUAUCGUAUCAAACUAGUGAAAAAGCAAUUGUUUCUUCUUUGAUCAAAAUUGUAACCACAGACGGAAAACCAUUCAAAUUUCUAGACAGUGAAGGGUUCAACGAAAUAAUGGAUCCAAUAUAUAAUGCACUUGGCAUGAACUCUGUAACGUCGAGAAAUAUUAUGAAUUUUGUGUCAGUCAAAGAGCAGUUUGUCAAGGAAAAUAUAAGGGCACUUGCAAAGGGAAAGCUGGUGUCGCUGAAAAUCGAUGUUGCGACCAGAAUGGAUAAAGCUAUUCUGGGAAUUAAUUUGCAAAUGAUCCACGCAAGCCUGGCUAAAACCGAGAUUGUUGUGAAGACCUUGGGCAUGAUUGAGCUCGGGGAAUCUCAUACUGGAAUAUAUAUGAAGAAUAAAAUUCUAGAAAUCUUAGAUGAUUAUGACAUAUCACUUGAUCAGAUCUACAGCAUUACGUCUGAUAAUGGGCGAAACAUGAUAAAAGCCGUCCAGGUAUUAAAUGAUGCGACAGAGGAAUCCCUUUAUGAAGAAGACAUAGAAAGUGAGAAUCUUCUGAAUGAACUGGAUUCUAUUGAACUGGCUAAUAUACACCUAGUGAGAUGUGCAGCACACACUCUGCAACUGUGCGUAUUUGAUGUAAAUAGAACAAAGGAGAUCGCCGAUAAAAUAAGUGCCUGUCGCACAUUAUGCAAAUCGCUGCGCACAGAAACAUAUAGGUAA